CAGUAGCGGUAACCUCACCGGAGGUGGAGGAAGAGCUGCGAAGAGAGGAAAGGGAGCGUCGAGACGAAGCGCUUGCUAUAUCUAUAUAUAUUCGAGACGAAGCGCUUGCCAUAUCUAUAUAUAUGCGAGAGAGAGAGAGAGAGAGAGAGAGAGAGGGGUCCUCGUCGAGAUCAUUAAUGGGGGAAUCGAGCGACUCCGUGUCGGUGGAUAUGGAGAGAAUCACAUUUGGGGGAAAGGAACAUCGGAUACACACAAAACAUGGCUCUGUAUCUGUUGCUGUAUAUGGGGAUGAAGACAAACCUGCACUUAUUUCUUAUCCAGAUGUAGCUUUAAAUCAUAUGUCAUGCUUCCAAGGAUUAUUCUUUUGUCCAGAAGCUGCCUCUCUUCUACUUCAUAACUUUUGCAUAUACCAUAUAAGUCCUCCAGGGCAUGAGAACCAUACAGUUGGGAGCUGCUCCUAUUUCUCCAAAUGUUCCGGUACCAUCUGUCAACGAGUUGGCUGACCAGAUCGCUGAUAUCCUUGAUUACUUUGGGUUAGGCUCCGUUAUGUGCUUGGGAGUCACAGCUGGUGCUUACAUUCUUGCUCUUUUUGCAACAAAAUAUAGGGAGCGCAUUCUUGGUCUGAUACUUGUUUCUCCUUUAUGUAAAGCCCCCUCAUGGACGGAAUGGCUGUAUAACAAGGCUAUGUCAAAUUUGCUUUAUUACUAUGGGAUGUGUAGCUUCAUCAAGGAAAGCUUACUUCAGCGCUACUUCAGCAAGGAAGUUCGUGGAAGUUCACAAGUUCCUGAAUCGGAUAUUGUACAAGCCUGUAGAAGUUUGCUGGAUGAGAAACAAAGCAUUAAUGUGUGGCGGUUUCUUCAAACCAUAAAUGGGAGACAUGACUUGACGGAAUCACUAAAGAAGCUGCACUGUCGGACACUAAUUUUUGUGGGCGAGAACUCUCCUUUCCAUUCCGAGGCCCUCCACAUGAUUUCAAAGCUGGACAAAAGAUAUAGUGCUUUGGUCGAGGUUCAAGCAUGUGGGUCAGUGGUGACAGAAGAGCAACCCCAUGCCAUGCUGAUACCCUUGGAAUACUUCCUCAUGGGCUACGGGCUUUACAGGCCGUGCCAGCACAGCUGCAGCCCCCGGAGCCCACUCAGCCCACUCUGCAUUUCUCCGGAACUCCUCUCGCCCGAGAGCAUGGGAGUGAAACUCAAGCCCAUCAAGACUCGGAUUUCCCUCGAAGUUUGAAAAAGAAAGAAGUUGGAAAAGGUUGAAGAGUUAGAAGGGCUUGAAUGAAGCAAAGGGACCCGGAGUUGGAGGAUGUACCAUUAGUGUAAAUCCUGAGACAUUCUUUUGCUAACGUAUAAAUAAUGGUCUUUGAGGUCAUUUUUGUUGUUGUGGGAUACAUGUAUUAUUUUAUUCGGCUGUAGAUACAAAAGUUAGAUCACUUAGAACUGGAGAGAGGAAAGGCAAAGAGUUCUUGUGAUUCUAUUUUAUUCAUUUGUAGUCACUCACAGACACUUGUAUAUCUUUCAUUAUUUAUACUUAUGAAAGAAUAAUGUGAAAGGAGCGAGCAA